UUAACGUUUGAAGCGCCAAAAUGCGGACACAACAGAUAUCGUGGGCGUUAGUGAUAUUAUUUUCUAUAGACACAGCUAGAUGCGUCGAUUUACCCGAAUACCUGCACGUGUGCCACCGAGAAGAUCCGAAGCUGAUAGACUGCAUGAAGCAAUCGAUCGAAACGUUACGACCCUAUCUGGCGCGGGGCAUCCCUGAGCUGGACAUUCCGGCCAUCGAACCUAUCAACAUUGGUGAUUUGAUUGUGGCAGAAAGUGUUCCUGGACAGGGUGUGAGCAUCACAGCUAAGGACAUCAAAGCUUACGGACCAUCGAACUUUCGGUUGAAGAAAUUGAAUGUCAUCGAUUACGGCAAGAUCUACAGCUUCGAACUUGAACUUCCUCAGCUGUACGUUGAAGGACGAUAUGUUGUCGAUGGAAGAAUCAUUCUGUUCCCCGUUAAGGGAGCGGGAAAAUUCACCGGAAACUUCACACAAGGAAUAGGAAACGUUCGUAUAAAGGGAGACCGCAAAGUUAUCAAUGGCAAGAACCAUCUUUCUCUAGCCAAACUGGACAUUAAAAUUAAGGUUGGAGAUGGAAAAAUUAAGCUGGAAAAUCUCUUUGGUGGAGACCGAGCCUUAGGUGAAAUCAUCAACGAAACCAUCAACAAAAACUUUGCCGUCGUGAGCCACGAACUGAUCCCGCUCAUCGAAAAGGCUUUGGGUAGGAUAUUCAAGAGAACCGGAAAUAAGAUUCUGGAAAGGUUCCCGGAAGAAGUGUUAUUCCCCUGAUUUACGGGGGAAGUUGUUUGUGUGAAACCAGUGCGUAGGAUAAACAAAUCAUAAGUUAUCUCAGCUUAGGUUUUGAUAGUGAUGCUUUUUUAAACCUGGAAAGAAGACAAGAAAAAUAAACAAAUAAUCUACAGAAUAUGAGGGCAUAAUUGUUGAGCUUCGUGUGCUACUAACUACCUUUUAAAUUGCUAAGCAUCAAACUCUUAGCAUGAACGAAAAAAAAACUGUAAAUAUUUUCAUAAUUAAAUAGAU